AUGUCUGCUUCCAAGCCCGACAUUGUCAUUGUCAGCGGUGCCUGGCAUCUUCCAGCGGCCUACGACAAGCUUCGCAAGCUUCUCGAAUCCCAAGGUCUCACCGUCCAUGUCCCUCGCCUGCUGACCGUAAACAACGCAAGGCCCCCGAUCGCGGAUCUAUACACAGACGUUGAGAUCGUCGACAAGGUUGUGACCGAACUGGCCGAUGCCGGCCGAUCUGUUGUUGUUCUCAUGCACUCGUAUGGGGGCCAAGUCGGUACCAAUGGGCUCGUCGGCCUGGGACUCGAAGCCCGCAAGCAGCAGGGCUUACCUGGUGGUGUGGCACGACUUAUCUACAUGUCUGGUGCGGCUAACAAGGAGGGCCAAUCCAUGAUGGAUCUCAUUGAGGAGCUUGGUGACAUGAACUUGGUGCCCCUCGCAUUCGAUAUCCCAGAAGACAAAAGCUGUGUCUCUCGCGACCCAAAAACUUUGCUGGUGGGUCCGGGUCUUUCAGAUGAAGACAUGGAAGAUUACCUGGGAUGUUGGGAGCGUUUCAACGGUAAAGCUAUGUACCAGCCCUUGACGCACUGUUCCUGGCGCGAGAUCCCCAUCACGUAUAUCUUUACGACCGAUGAUAUGACGUUUCCUAUGAGAUACCAAAAUCAUAUGGUGGGGGGAAUGGAGGCGGCGGGCCGUGAAGUACAGAAAUUCACGCUGGAGACGGGUCACUGUCCUAACAUUACCCAACCGGAGGAACUCGCGAAAGUUAUUGAACAGAUUCUGGCUUAG